AUGUCAUCGAUUCGAGUCUCUUUUGGGGGUCGACGAAGCAUCAUCUUUGAUCCUUUUACCAUCAAACUUUGGGACCCUUCGGAGAUUUUGCUCUUCGAAACCUUGGGAUUUGCUAAUGUUCGAAUCGACUGGAAGGAGGCACCAGAAGCCCACUUGCUUAAGGCGUAUCUUCUGCGGCUGAAGAAAGAGGAAGUGAAGGUUGAAGUUGAAGUUGAAGGUGGAAGAGUGCUUCAAAUAAGCGGAGAGAGGAAUUCGGAGAAUGAAGACAAGAAUGAUACAUGGCAUAGCCUGGAGCGUAGCAGUGGCAAAUUUUUGAGAAAUCUCAGGCUACCAGAGAAUGCAAAGAUGAAUCAAAUUGAAGCUGCAAUGGAGAAUGGAGUUCUCACCGUAACGAUCCCUAAAGAAGAAGUGAAGAAGCCUGAUGUCAGGGCCAUUGAGAUUUCUGGCUAA